AUGGACAGCACCACAUUCAUUAUCCUCGAGCAACUGGCGGACAAUGUAGUAGCCCAGGAAGCCGCAUCCUCCGGUGACGAGUACAUCGCCAACAAUGGCGGCAUCGACCUCGACCUGGCCCGCUGGACGCAUCCUCCCGGCCUUCUGGAGGACCCCGACUCGCGCGACGUUGCGUUUGGACCAGACGCUCUUCCUGCGGCGCGGGGUAAACCGCUGGACGAAGUAGUGCUCGUCCAGGGCCUUGCGCUGCCCGUCUAUCCAGCCAAAGCACAGGGCCAGCUCGACCGCCUCGUCUUCUUCUUGCCGAUCUUGAGCCACACCACCCCGAGGCCCUCGGUGCCCUUGUGGUUCUCCUCAAGCCACGACUCCCACGCGGCCGCGUCGCGGAAGAGCAGAGUCGGCGGCGAAGGAGGUGCGGAUGAUGAUGGUGCUGGUAUGGUGGUAUUUGCAGCGGGGGAUGCGUCGAUUGUUGCGGCUAGUGCUUUUGCUUUCGCCGAGGCUGCCGAGGCUGCCGUGACCGCCUUGGCUCUGGUCUGUCGAGUAGUCCUCGGCAUAUCGGUCAUGAGGGAGGACCCCCACAAAAAAAAGCUUGAUUGUGUUUGA